AUGGCACGUGAUCAUGGGACCAAUCGCUGGAAGCUUCUCGACCUAAGAUGUGCCAUCGAGAAAGAGAUUGCCAUCAUGCGAGAAGGCGACACACGGGAACUUCCGAUUUACGGCUCACAUAUGCCGACUGCGUCAUUCCAUACCGGAAGUAGAUGUCCGAGGAAAAAACGCAUGCCGUCAAGAUCAAACGAAGACAUUAAACAUCGGAAGAGACAUACAUUCACUCGACUAGUGGUGAUGGACGCUCAAGAAAGAAUUCUACAUUCUGGUCAAAACUUAACAGUGACUUUCAUACGUCAGAAAAACUGGAUUCCUGCAAUAAGACGACGUGUACAGCAGGUGAUUAAGAAAUGCGUGCCAUGUAGAAGAGUUGUAGGCAAGCCAUACUCUGCACCGGAUCCACCACCGUUACCCGCCAUGAGAGUGGAAGAAGCGGACCCAUUCACUGUGACUGGUGUUGACUUUUCCGGAGCGUUACAGGUUCGUGGUACAGACGGUCAGAACACAAAGGCAUACAUUUGCCUGUUUACAUGUGCUUCCACCCGUGCAGAACAUCUGGAGCUGGUACCCGAUUUGUCCACAGAGACGUUCUUACAAGCCUAUCGUCGAUUCUGUAGUCGACACUCUGUAGUACCGCGGAUGAUGAUUUCAGACAAUGGAACAACAUUUGUAGGUGCAGCGAACCAAAUUAAGAAUCUUUUCGCGUCCGAAAAAAUCCAUACGGAACUUAGCAGAAGAGGAACAGAGUGGCGCUUCAGCAUCAAACGUGCUCCAUGGUAUGGAGGCUGGUGGGAGCGUUUGAUCGGGGGAACGAAAACGUUUAUCAAGAAAGUGCUAGGACGCUCUUACGUUGACUUCCAUACGUUAUCGACUGUGAUCACGGAAAUAGAAGCUGUUAAAAAUGAUCGACCUCUGACCUACAUCAGUACCGCGCAGAGUUACUUGCAGCCGCUGACCCCAUCUCAUCUUGUUUCCGGUCGCCGAAUCACAGUGCUACCCGACAGCUGUGACGUGGAUUUGGAUCCUCAAAAUAUCAUCACCAGAGAGAACAUUUCCAAACGAGCGCGAAUGAAGCAAAAACUCAUCGACGAUUUCCGCUGCAAAUGGGGAAGAGAAUACCUCAAAGCAUUACGCGAAAACCAGCGGAUUUCCGGGCGUAAUGAGCAGACGAUUAAAGUAGGCGACAUCGUCAUGGUACACGAUGAAGGUCCACGGUCACGAUAG